AUGUCCACUGGGACAUCAAUCGACGUCACGACCCCCUUCUGCGCUUUGAUUCAGGGCGCCGCGCGCGGCCAAGGCCUGGAGCUCGCGCGUCAGCUCAUCGAGCGCGAUUCCGAGGUCUUUGGUGGUCGUGCCGCGGGCGGAGUCGUCGUCGCGACGUGUAGGGACCCGGCGAACGCGAGCGAGCUCAACGCGCUCGCGGCGAAGCACCGAGGACGAGUGCGCGUGGUGAGAGUGGACGCGGCGGAUGAGGCGUCUAUGAAGGCGGCGGCGGAGAUCGUGGAGAAGGAAAUUGGACGGUUGGAUUUCAUGGCUAACGUCAGCGCGGUGUUGACGGAGGGGAAGAUGCGACCGGAGACAUCCAUCAACCGCACGGAGGCGGAGCACAUGUUGAGAGCGUACACUGUGAACGCCGUGGGACCGACGAUGAUGAUGAAGCACUUCUCACCCAUCAUGCUCAAGACGGCGGAGAUAAACUCGAAGGAGGGUGGGAACGGCGGCGUGCCAGUGAUUGCGAACUGGUCGGCGCGCGUGAGCAGUAUUGGCGACAACGCGUUGGGCGGAUGGCACUCGUACCGCGGUUCCAAGACGGCUCUGAACCAACUCACGAGGAAUUGCUCGAUCGAGUUCUCUCGUAAGAAGCAUCCAAUUAUUGCGAUGUGCGUGCACCCUGGCACUGUCGACACCAAGUUGUCCGAGCCCUUCAAGAAGAACGUGCCCGCGGACAAGCUGUUCACGCCCGAGUACUCGGUGCAGCGGUUGCUUGAAGUCAUCGGGGGCGCCACGCUCGAACAAUCCGGUAACCUGUACGAUUACGCCGGCGCGAAGAUCGAUUGGUAA